UUGCAGUUUGCAGUACGACAUAGAAUAAGCUAAUAAGCUCGCUAGCUAGUUAUUUUUCUAAUCAUUGAGUCGUUUUGGUUGCUCUUAGUUCAAAAUUAAUUUCCCUGUACUUAAAUAUGCACAUGCUGUACUAAUUUUAACCAUCUGUUUCUUCGUAAAUCUAGCUUAGGCAUACAUUACUAAAUCAACUUCAACAUGGUUCGACCGUACAACAUCACUGCUAAUGCAGAAAACACAGAUAUGGGGCCAACCUCUGAAAGCCUCGAGUUCGGGAGCAACAAGAUAGAUGAAAUGAUCAACUCCGACAGCAACUCUCCAUUGAUCGUAGAAAGGGAAGAUAGAAAUGAAGUCGAAAGAAGGAUAACUGUCAGUGGCUUGAAGGAAAGUGAUUACCCCAAACCUCUUUUUAAAGCAAAGCUGGUGAAAACAACAAAUAAAAUAAGCCUACCUCCAGAAAUUAUGCAGCAUUUAUCUUCGGUCCAAUGUCAGUAUUUAAUGGGUGUCUUUCCGGAGCUUAGUCGUGUCUGGGUUACUGUUGAUAGUGAUUUUUACAUUUGGGACUACAAAGGUGCUGACCUGGCAUUUUAUGAUGGUCUCAGCGAAACAAUCAUGUGCGUUGGAUUAGUGAAACCAAAACCAAAUGUCUUCAAAGAAUUCAUCACUCACCUCCUUGUUCUGGCCACCACUGUAGACAUUGUCGUUUUAGGAGUAACACUGUCCGUGCCAACAGAUUCUGUUUCAAAUUUAAUCAAUGAAAUCCAUUUCACUCCAGAAGUUGUGUUCCAACUGCCAACUGAUGGUGUUAACAUCACGGCUAUAGCUGGGUCAGCAAAUGGUCGAAUCUUUCUAGGUGGAGAAGAUGGAAAUUUGUACGAAAUUCAGUAUAGGAAAGAACUGGACUGGUGGGGAAAACGGUGCAGUAAAGUCAACCAUUCAGGAACAACUCUUUCAUUCUUGCUCCCAUCAGUUAUAUCAUCUUUGCUCCAAAAGUCAGACUCAAUAUCGCAGAUCUCAAUCGAUAACAGUCGCAAAAUCCUCUACACAUUAUCAGAGAAAGGGACCAUCGAUAUGUAUAUCCUCAGCUCAGAUUCCACAGCAACUUGCAAAGCUAGUUUACCGCAACAUGCUGUAAUUGAAUCAGCGAUCAGAUGUAUCAGGACUAUGGACAGAGUAGAACUUUGCAGCAUCGUAUCAAUUUGUGCAGUAGAAGAAAAAGAAUCUAAGAACGUUGGCCUUUUGGCGGUAACUCAAGCUGGUGUUAGAUUUUACUUUCAAUUAAUUUACAUGCAAGGGGAGGUCUCCGAUCUGAAAUUGAUCCAUGUGCGAUUGCCACCAGGUUUCAUCGGGAGUGUUGUUUCUGUGAGACCAAACGAUGUUCGCCAAGCCUACUACAACAACGGUAUUUUCAUGGCACUAAGCACGGUCAAUGAAAGUCAAGACAAUCUUUGGUGUCUAAGCAGUGAAGAAUACCUCGCCUUCGAUGCUCCAAUUGAAGCUCAGGCUACCGUGAAGCUAGAUGGUCCAGUGUGGCAAUUCUCUUGCGCCGAUGAAAUGACCAACAGCAAUGCAGCCAACUUUGUCUCUCUGUCUGCACAGGGUAUACAACUAUUCUCUAAGCUGCGGCCGGUGGAAGUUUUGGCUCAAUUACUGUGGAAAAACAAAGGACCGAAUGCAGAUGCUGUACGAGCAUUUUUCCAGAAUAUGACGGAUGAUGAAUCAUGUGCGCUGUGUAUUUCCAUUGCUUGCCAACAAUGCACCUCAAAUGUGGAUCUUGCAAAUUGGGCCACGCAAGCUCUAUUCCUAUAUGGUGGUGAACCAAAAGAAGUGGCUGACAACAAUUUGACUCCAGCUGAGAUGCUUUCAGUCACAGCCCCUCAGAGCUCUUUUCAAACAACCAACUUUAGACCUGGCAUAGUCUCCACACCGAUCGCCCAAACUCGACCGAACAUCCUGUCUGAAACCCUUGUUUCAAGCACUGAAAACAUAAUUUACGAACACUCAGCAAAGCACAAUGGUCUCUACUUAUACUUGUCUCGCAUUCUCAGACCCCUUUGGCAAAGCCCUCUUGUAAAAUUAACAAAAAAUCAGGAUAAUAAGCAAUAUUUAACUUCAACUGUAAGCGCUGAAGAGUGUGUUUCUGUGCUUUCUAACUUGCAAGCAUUUUGGUCCUUUCUUGAGAAGAAUAGCAUACUCAUUCAGUCUUUUGCUGGACCAGCUGUAAUGAGCCGUUUACCUUCAAUGAACAUGGAAGAAAGCACCAUCAACUCUAUGGCGGUGACCAAAGCAGAAAAAGUUCAUCGAUUAGAAAAUCGCUCUUUAGAGGCACUGAAAGUUGUUGUAGAUCAUGCUUGUCAAAUCGUAGGUCUAUGGAAGGUUCUAUGUGAGCACCAAUUCCAUCAACUUGUUGCUGAACUUAGUCCAGAAAAUCAAAGAUUAUUAGUUGAUAUCACUUUAAAGCAAUUGCUCGUUUCGAAACACGAGCUGUGCAUUACUUUGGUCAACACGCUUCUCAAUCUGUAUCUUAAAGAUGACUCCACUGUAGACUCUAUUAGUUGCAAACUACGAGGUGUGUGCCCACUCAUAUUCCGAGAUGAUGAUGCAUCUUACGCCAAGGCAAACGAAAUGCUUCUUACAGCAAAGAGUGCUGUGAAUCCUGAAGACAAACAGAAGUAUUUAACUUCAGCUUUACAAUUGUGUAUUGAAGCAGCUCCAAAUAUCUGUUUGAGCACUAUCUGCCGCAAGUUUGCAGCUUUUGAAUUUUAUGAAGCAGUUCUGAUAAUAAGCUUAUCAUGUGCAUCAAAAUAUGAUCCUAGAAACUUUGCGAUUAAUUAUUACUAUGGCAGUGAAUAUGGAAGUGAUUCUGACGCGUAUCAGUUUUACAAUAAACGAAUGGAGUGUUACAAAGAAAUAAUUGAAGUUCUUACGCAGCUUUUCUCUCAGAAUCAACCUCUCACUUCCCCUGGAUCCUCAACCGAUGCUAGCAGGCUACCAAAAACGAAUAGUUACAUCAAUCAAUCGCUUAAUAGAUCCCAGUUGUCAAGUAGUCAAACCUACCAGGAAGAAAUAGAGGCUCCGAAUGUUGGUGAGGUUUUGUUGCAAAAAGCGCUAUCAACAGAUGAUGAAUUACUUCAUGUAGCUUUAUACGAAUGGAUGAUUCAACAGCAACUGCAGAACCAUUUGGUUGAGUUGAGUCCACCCACUGUUGAACGGUUCCUGAAGAAAAAUGGAGCCCGUGACCUUCUCUGGAGGUACUAUGAACGUCAGAAAAACCAUGUUGCCGCUACCAAGAUCCUCUACUCUUUGGCCACUGAGGUUGGGAGCAAUAUCUCGCUUGAAGAGCGACUUUCGUUCCUUGGCCACGCUCUUGUCUGUGUUCGCAGUGAUCCAUUCCACCGUACUGAAUACGCCCAUGAAAUUGAAGAUCUGAUGCAGGUGGCCCAGGUGCAGCGAUACAUGUUUGAUCAGAUAGUAGCCUUGGCGAAUCAACACCCAAAUGCAGAGGCAGCGGCCAUACAGCUCCAGAACAAACUGUACUCUGCCACAGAGCUGUACUUAGAAUAUGCCGUACCGUUUGAAUUGUGGGAGAGCCAACUUGCCAUAAUCGACAUGUCAGGACACCAAAGCAUGGAACUUGUUCGUGAGGUUUGGAGCAAACUUCUUGAUGAAACAUUGAACGCAUGCACAUCAUCUUCUGGCACUGAAAAACUCAAGGCCGUCUUACAGAAGGUUCAAAGUCUAUCUCGUGUACAUACUAUUCCUUCACCGUGCUUCCCCUUAGACUUCCUGAUCGGACAGUUGGAGGUCCUGAGCUGCCGCUUCAAAGCUCCCGCUGAUUGUGUCUACUCGGUGUUCUUACAAAAAAUUGGAGUCAGUUACCCCAUGUUGUUAGAUGUCUACCAAGAGCUCUACACGUCUGGAGACUGGUGUUGGGAUAGGGAAGGCAAUGAAUUCCAUCUAAUGGAAGUUAUAACAAGUUUAGGCGAAACGUUCUUCCAAGUCUCGCACAAGGACUCAAUGUACAGCGCUUGUUUUGUCAAGCUCCAAGAUUUGAUCUCUAGCUGUCUAGCAAUUCUGUACACCAGACCAGAAGCACGAGCUCUAAUCGAGCGAAUGAAAAAUGUUAGGAACAAGUUGAACAAAUUGUCAUAAAUUUUAGAAAAUGUUGACUACUAUCAUGUAGAUAUUCAUAUGGGUGAAAAACUAUGAUCGUGAUUUGUAAGUAUUUCUUGUGAUAUAUUUUUAAUUAAGUUUACGAGUUUAAAAAAAUUUCAAAGUAAUCAUUUGUACAUUGAUUCUCUAGAUUUAUUAUAAACUUUUUGCGUAAUUAAGGCAUUUGUCAAAUAAUCUUUUAAAUAUAAGCGAUAUUUUUUCCUACAUAA